AUGCUCGUGGCUGGGAAGAAGAAUGAGAUUGUCAAGACGCCCCCGAAGCCCGAGGCCCCAGAUGCUACCCGCCUCUUCGCCUUGGCGAAGGAUGCUGAUCAGAUGCCAUCCCGUAAGGAGAAGAUCAAGGCAGUCAAGAAGGAACUGAAAUCCAAGGGGGUCGCGGGGGACAAGGGCACGGGUUCCAAGGGGGACAAGAGCAAGGGGCCUGCUGUCGACAAGGACAUGGGGCCCACUAAGUCUAAGGCCAAGAUCAUUUCUGCUGCUUCGCCCUCGACAGACGAGCUCGACCCUCCGAGGUCCUGGAAACACCCGACUGUUGGCGACUUGGUCGCGGUCUACGGCUCUCAGAAGAGCUACGCUUUGUGGCUGGACAGUGAGAAGAAGCG